GUAAGAACGUACAAUUAAUUUCAUAUUAGAAAGUGUGAGCUGGUGAAUGACGUAUAAAUCUUCUGUUAUCAGUUAACACAGUCCAAAAAGUCGAAUAAGUGAUACGGGUUGGGUUGGUUCUACUCAACUGUGAUGAGCAAAAGUUCCCAGGGUGCUUGUGAUGCUGGGAGGGGUGACCUAAAUUUUUUUGUGGAGGAACUAAAAAGACUGGAAAAUAAAAAGAAAUAUUUAGAUCGUUUGAUAACAAAUCUAUCAACCCGCUCUUCUUUAAACUUUUGGACUUCAGAGGUGUUUGGAGAAAUAAUAGAUGAUCUUACUUUAGAAGUAAUAUUUAUUAUACACAAAGCCUUUAAACUGGCGAGAAUUUCUAAACAAGUAAAUACUAAAAAAACUUGCGAAGUCGGUUUCGAUAUUUAUGGUCAAAACCCCGAUAAAUACAAAACUGAAUCAUUUAAAUGCAACAACUGCCAGAGAGUAGUCGUGGCUUCUCGUUUUGCUCCGCACUUGGAGGGAUGCAUGGGAAAAGGGAGGACCACAAGACAGUCUAGAAGGGCUAACCAACAAGCUAAGAAGUAUAAGGUUCAAGAAUCAAGCGAAGAUGAAGAUUAA